AUGUGGACAGCAAAUAUAAAGCGAUAUGAAAACGAUUCCAGAAGGCUGAAUCUUUCUAUUUCUGCCAGGAAUUCGACAGUUAAAUAUUCGCUAUGCGCAGUUCGGACGGUGAAAGAAUUGGUAUUACCACAACAAUGUCCACGUUUCCAGGAAAUCGUUGAGCGCUACGAGCAUUUGCAUGGCAUUCCUGUAGUUGAUCACAAUAGUGAUGUACCGAGAGUUCUUAUAGGUCUAGACAAUUUACACCUAUUCGCGCCUCUUGAAUCUCGUAUAGGAGCGCCAGGCGAGCCAAUCGCUGUACGUUCUUUACUCGGUUGGACAAUCUAUGGUCCGGAAGAUAAACGAAUAUCAUCAAAAGCGUAUAUUAAUCAUCAUGUUAUCCAGGCGAUCAGUAAUCAAGAUAUACAUGACUUGUUCCAAAUACAAUAUAAACUAGAUGAAGGUGGCAUUUCUGGCGUAACGCAACCGGAGUCGGACGAGAUAAUUCGAGCCCGAGAAAUUUUAGAACGUACAACCAAACGCAUAGGAGAUCGCUUCGAGACGGGAUUGAUCUGGAAGCAUGACAAUCCAACCUUCCCAGAUAGCUACUUUAUGGCAUUUAAACGAAUGAAGGCGCUAGAGAAUAGAUUGUCAAAAAACCCUGAAUUACAGCAAAAUAUUUUUGAUCAAAUCAGGAACUAUCAAAAGAAAGGUUACUGUCAUAAAGCCUCCAACGAUGAGCUGAAAAAUACAGACCCUUCCAAAGUAUGGUAUUUACCACUAAAUGUGGUCCUCAAUCCCAAAAAGCCUAGUAAGGUGCGCUUAGUUUGGGACGCAGCGGCGGUAGUCGAUGGAAUGUCGUUAAAUACGAAUCUAUUAAAAGGUCCUGAUUUACUCACAUCACUUCCUGCCGUUAUCAGCAAAUUUAGAGAACGUCGAAUUGCCGUGGGAGGUGACAUAAAGGAAAUGUACCAUCAAAUACGAAUCAUAGAAUCUGAUAAACAAGCGCAGCGAUUUUUGUUUCGAUUCGAUACCACGACCAUGCCAGAUGUUUACAUAAUGGAUGUGGCAACGUUUGGGUCGACUAGCUCCCCCUGUUCAGCACAAUUUAUAAAAAAUAAAAACGCUAAGGAAUAUAUUUCUCAGUACCCAGACGCAGUGAUGGCGAUCAUCGAUCGCCACUACGUCGAUGACUAUUACGACAGUGUCGACACGGAGGAAGAUGCCGUGCAGCGCGCAUCUGAUGUUCGUUUCAUCCAUUCCAUGGCGGGUUUCCAAAUUAGAAAUUGGACGUCGAAUUCACGGCAAGUGCUCCGUGCUCUAGGUGAGAACAAAACUGAACACCUGGUUCAUUUCCACCUGGAUAAAACGGCCGAAAACGAACGAGUACUUGGUAUCGCUUGGGAUCCAAUCAAUGAUGUUUUUUCGUUUCUGGCUCCCUCCAAGGAGCACUGCAGUUCAAAUGCCCAUGAAGUAAAGCGUCCUACGAAACGCAUUGUGCUUAGCACGGUAAUGUCUCUCUUCGAUCCGAUGGGUUUGUUGGCACCAGUUACUGUCCUGGGAAAAAUGUUGAUCCAGGAUCUCUGGCGUACAGGGUGUGAAUGGGAUCAGCCUAUAGCCGGAAAAAAUUACGAAAAGUGGAUCCAGUGGAUGCUUCUGAUCAUGGACAUAGGCGAAAUAAAGAUUCCGAGAAGUUAUUUCGGUAACGUUCAUUCAAACGACUUUGGAUCGAUCCAACUACAUGUUUUUACCGAUGCCGGAGAGAGUGCCUACGGAUGCGUAGGUUUUUUGAGGAUAAUAGUUGAGGGAAUCGUUAAGUGCUCGCUGAUAAUGGCGCGUUCCAAAGUUGCGCCCUUAAAGCAACUUUCAAUCCCACGCUUGGAACUGCAAGCCGCAGUAUUGGGAGCUAGAAUGGCGACGACAAUUCGGCAAAAUCAUUCUCUAAAUAUUCAACAAAUGUUCUACUGGACUGAUUCGCAGACAGUAUUGUCUUGGAUCAAAUCCGACCAACGACAAUACAAACAAUUCGUCGGAUUUAGAAUUGGAGAGAUACUCAGCCUUAUAAAAAUAUCGGAGUGGAACUGGGUACCUACGAAGCAAAACAUUGCAGAUUUGCUAACGAAGUGGUCUCGAUCUCCUGAUUUAUCACCGGGAAGUUCGUGGUUCCGGGGGCCCAACUUUCUCUAUUCGGUCCAGGACAGUUGGCCAAAACAGCGUGAAACGUCUGCUAACGUCAAAACAGAAAUGAAGGCGAUUCAUUUGUUCCACGAAAUAAUUCUACCAAAAAAUUUAAUUAAUUUCGAUAACAUAUCCAAAUGGAACGUCUUAGUACGGACCGUAGCAUGUGUAUUAAGGUUCAUUUCCAAUUGCAGAAGAAAAUCUCGAAAUGAACCGGUCGAAAGUUUCAAAGCAACCAAGCAACAAGAGAAAAUAAUAAUCUGCGACGUUCCAGCGUUGGAAGUACCGCUGAGGCAACACGAAUAUCAAGAAGCUGAAAAUAUAUUGUUCAAGAGCGCCCAGAGUGAAGCAUUUGGAGAUGAAAUUAAGGUAUUCCUGAGGAAUCAACAACGACCUUCAAAUGAGUGGGUUAGUAUCGAUAAAUCGAGCCAGCUUUUCAAGCUAACGCCACUCAUUGACACGGCUGGUGUACUUCGCAUGGAAGGACGAGUUGAAAGAGCAGAAUUCUUGCCAUUCGACAUGAGAUUUCCGGUCAUACUCCCGAAAGAUCACGCUAUCACUGAGAAGUUGGUCCGCGGAUAUCAUGAGAAAUAUGGUCAUGCGUUUCGAGGAACGGUUAAGAAUGAAAUCAGACAACGGUUUUUAAUUCCGAAAAUCAACUCAGUCCUGUCGAAGGUUGAGAAAACAUGCAUGUGGUGCAAAAUAAGAAAAAAUAAUCCGCAAUUGCCAAGGAUGGCGGCUCUUCCAUUCGAGAGACUUAUUCCUAAUCAACGGCCGUUCACAUUUGUCGGUGUGGACUAUUUGGGGCCAGUCGAAGUGACAAUAGGGCGACGUUCAGAGAAACGCUGGAUAGUGGUUUUUACUUGCCUCGUAGUGAGAGCAAUCCAUCUAGAGGUGGCGUAUGAUUUAAGUGCACAGUCUUGCAUCAUGGCAAUUCGGCGAUUUAUAUGUCGUCGUGGCCCAGCAUCGGUAUAUUUUUCCGACAACGGAACCAAUUUACGUGCAGCCAGUAAGGAACUUCUGCAACAAAUCCAGCAAGUGGAUAUUGAGUGUGCUGAGCACUUUACUAAUGCAAGAACGCGAUGGCAUUUCAAUCCACCAUCUGCUCCCCAUAUGGGUGGCGUAUGGGAGCGCAUGGUGCGCUCAGUGAAGGAUGUGAUGGCUGCUUUGGAUGAUGGCCGAAGACUCAGCGACGAAAUACUUAUAACUACACUAGCAGAAGCGGAAGACAUGAUCAACAGUCGGCAUCUGAUUUAUGCUUCUUCGCUUUCUCCUACUGAAUCUCUUUCGCCGAAUCAUUUCAUUAAUGCACCGAACGAGCCUCACGAAUUUGUACCGUCAACAAAUGCUGCACAAUCGCUCCGAGACGCAUAUAAGCGUUCACAGCAGUUAGCCAACGAAAUGUGGAGAAAAUGGGUCAAGGAAUACGUACCAACAAUCAACCAACGUUCCAAGUGGUUCGCAGAAUGCAAACCACUAAAAAAGGGUGAUCUAGUGUACAUCGUGGAAGGUGAUCGUCGCAAAGCCUGGAUACGCGCAGUCGUCGAAGAACCGACUACAUCAUGUGACGGAAGGGUUCGUCCGGCACUUGUUAGGACUAACAGAGGUGUGUUCCGAAGACCAACGGCGAAACUUGCGGUUUUGGAAAUUGAAGGAGGUAAUACUGCUUCUGAAGAUACACCUGAACCAGAAUUACGGGUCGGGGAUAUGUUGGACGCAAAACCGCAGGGUAGUGAUAAUGCCCCUCGUUAG